AUGGCUGUUGCCACACCACGUGCACCGAAGCGCAAUCUGCAGCGCGGCCGCAGUGGGCGUGGAAAGAAGGGCGAUCCGGGACACGCAGUCGCCCCGGAAAUCUCUACCGCCAACGCACGGUCAGCGCUGGCCUAUGGCGCAUCGUCGUUUCACAUCCCCACGGAUGUGGGAGGCGAGCCGGCAAAGAAAGGCAUCACUAAGGCCCUCGGGAAGGCCCAGAACAAGAGCUUGCGGAUCGUGGCGGGAGCCUUUAAGUCUACCCCCAUCCGUAACCUCGAGACAGAGACAUGGGUACCACCAUUGGACUUGUACCUAAACAAACGGCUUGCAGAUUUCGAAAACCGACUCCAACGACCCGAUCUGGACGACGGUCGAGGCGGCAAGAAGACGGCGGCGAGCGUUGUCCUCACCGCCUGCCGCAAGAUACAGCAGAGACUUAGCUCGAGGAGGGGCAACAGGGGCCGACCGCGAACCUUGGGACCUCAAGGGCCUACGGCGGUGGAGAGAGCCGCGGGCACGGUCAUGCGCUGGACGGGGGGGAUCGUUGAUACGAACAGGGCAGUAGAAGAGGCUUGGAAGUCGAGGUGGUUAAAGGAACGGGACGGCAGGGCAAUCACCAGGCCGGCGGACGACUUUGACCAUCAGCAGGAGACGUUAUUCCGGAACGAAACACUAAGGAGGCACGACGGUCUCAGCAAGGCGAAGAGCUCACUGCUGAUUCAAAUCCAGACGGGAGCAAUAGGCUUACGGGACUUCUUGUUUACACGGGGAGUCCCGGAGGUUCUGACUCCUGCCUGCGAGUGUGGCGAGGGACGAGAGACUGCCGAACACCUGGUAGUGUGGUGUUUGGCCCCACCGUUGACUCGAAGAUGGGAGAGAACUGGAAUUCGGACACGACGGGACUUUUACUCUGUUCUACACGGCAUCAAUCCCACGACUGCACGGCUCGCGAGGAAAAGUUCUCGACUGGCUGAUGGACUCGGGGAAGCUGCCGAUGUACAACUUAGCCAGGAGGCUCGAGCUGGAAGCGGCGGCCUGAAGCGCCCCCGUUCGGAGGCCAGGAGGCCUCCUCUCUUUGUAUACGCAGACUCACCAGAACGCACCGUUCCUUGA